AUGAUUUUCCUGUAUGUGUGUCUGGGGGUGGUCUCCGCGUCAGUAUUACGGUCAGAACCACGAACGUUGUUGCAUCCAUUAGCGAAUAAACGUUUAACGAUACCAUCAUACUUCAGUUCACACUACGACAAGAGGACUUUGGACUUAGACGACCCAAGGCUGUUCUCAACAGCGUUCGGUAAGAGAAACGGAGUCGUGAUAACAUCGCUCAACCGUCCUCGAUUGAUCAAGCGUUCUCCAUCCUUGGGUACAAAUAUCGGAGUCGCUUACGUGAAACGGGAUGACAUAGAUCCAAGAUUCUUCUCCAACUCAUUUGGGAAACGGUCAGCAGGACUCGACUUAGAAGACCCCAGGUUCGCGUCACUGUCCUUUGGAAAGCGCUCCGACUUCGAUCUUGAUGAUCCUAGAUUCACAUCCAUGUCUUUCGGAAAGCGUAACGUCAUUGAUUUUGAAGAUCCCAGGUUUGCUUCCAUGUCGUUUGGGAAACGCUCCGGAUUCGAUUUGGAGGAUCCCAGAUUUGCUUCCAUGUCGUUCGGAAAACGCUCCGGAUUCGAUUUGGACGAUCCCAGGUUUGCAUCUAUGUCGUUCGGAAAACGCUCAGGCUUCGAUUUGAGAGACCCCAGGUUCUACUCAAUGUCAUUCGGAAAGCGACGAUGA